AUGAAAGUAAAUUUUGUUUUUGCCUUAUUUUUUGUCUGGUUUAUCGCAAGUUUAGCUCAACAAAAUGACACCACUGAAGAACUUGUGGUUCCCCCUAUCACCUCCCUUACGAUGUGUCUAGCCCGGAGCUCUUUUUUAAAAAAUGGUUUUGGAUUCAGUCUCAACUCACCGGCUACUGAACGUGAACAUAGCUCAAAGAAAAGGAAAAGGAGACAAGCCCGGUGUCCUUUAACUACACCAUAUUACAGAUCAGCUGACGGAGAGUGCAACAAUCUGAGAUACCCAAACUGGGGCCGAUCCUUUGAAAAAUUUAAACGCUUUUUACCGCCACAUUAUGACGACGGAAUAUCAAUACCAAGACUUCGUGGAACUUGUAGAAACGAUUUGAGCAUGUUUGGCUGUUUCCGAAGCCAAUUGCCAAGUCCCAGAUUAAUCGGCGUUGAAAUUCACAGACCCGAUCCAAAUCCCACAACCUCUAUUCAUAGCGUGAUGCUGAUGCAAUGGGGACAGUUUCUCGAUCACGAUUUAACUGCAGCUGCUAUAGAACAACCUGUGGAUUUAACAACUUGUUGCAGUGAAUCUGGAGCUAGUAUAGGGCGAUACCAUGCUGAUACUUUUAGAAGGAGGGGAAUGUGUUUUACUAUCUCAAUGUUUCAAACUACCAAAGACCGAUUCUUUGAGUCCCAAUGCAUGGAUUUUAUUCGUUCCCGACCAGUCAAUCCGGAAAUGAGUGUCAGGAAACCGAGAGAACAACAGAAUCUACUCUCAGCCUUCAUUGAUGCCUCAAAUGUUUAUGGCAGCGAUCAAGGAACACAGGAUCGUCUUCGUGGCCCUGAUGGUAAAUAUUUUACAGGUUCCAAUCCCCAUAUAGAAACUUCUGGCGCAUUUAGACAUUUUAUGACGAAUGGGGUGUGGUUUUUACACGCAGCCUCUUGCGAAAUUGAUUUAAGUGCCAAAACCCAAACAUGA